AUCUUUCACGAGCCGUCGCACGAAUGGCCGACUCUCUGCAGAAGAUUUCCGGUCGAAUCCUCUGCUCUUCUAUCCCUCUUUCCCUUUCCCCAGGAAAACGAUCCUCCCAAGCUCGAAGUAGCUCACUUUCCAUCUUCAAAUAAAGCGGGAAAACCCUUCGUUCGAUCUCCGAUCUCUUCGAUUGCAUCUCCGGUUCAGGUAUUUGACUGCGAUUUUUCAAUUGAAGCCGAAGAUCUUUCUAGAGAAAAGUCUCGGGUUUCUUUGAAUCCGUCUUCUUUCUAGGGUUUUGACCGCGAAAUCUCUAUGGUGUGACGAUUUUCAAACCUGACGGUUGGAGGUGCGGAUCCUUGACGAGGAUCUCCGAAAAUCGUUGAAAUAAGAAGAGGAUUUGGAUCUGUUUGAAUAUUUAUUCGAUUCGGGUUUGACCGUAAAAUCUCGUUUGAAUCUGGAGAAUUCUUUGAAAGUUUUGAUCGGACGGUUAAAUCGUAGUCUUUGAUGUGUAUUUCCGUGUAGCUAUUGUACGAAGACCUCGUGCAGCGCUGGAUUCGUCAUCGAGUUGUGAAAUUUUAAGGUAAGAUUCGCUCGGACACAAAGGUGUUCGACAAAAUGCUGCUGCUUUGGCUGUGAAAAUUUUACCUUGUCAAAGUGACAUGGAAGCGAGAAUUCAGCGUCUUUUGUGCUGAGGAGUCCUGAAUCUGAUAGUGGAUUUCAUGAGGAUUUUCAGUUUUUCUUUGGUUGCAGCUGUCGUCUGAGACUUUAGUUGAAGAAAGAGGUUUUUGGUUUGGUUUUUUAUCUGUCUGAGAAAUGGCUGAAACCGCUGAAGGAAGAAAUUGGCAGGAGACAUUAAGAAGGAUGCUCCCUGCAGGAACUCCUCUGCCGGAGACGGAAGACAGUCUCGAAUACUCGAUUGCUAUGGAGUAUGAGGGCCCGCUGCCCUCUUACGAAGUCCCUAGAGUUGAACCUGUCCCCAGGGCCAACCAGUCAAUCCCAACAGCGGCUAUUGCAGAACCACUCUCCGACUCACAAAGAUUGUCGGUUGGUGCUGACCCUCCUGUAAUUGAACCUAUCCCUUUGCCCAUCUCUCGUAUUGCCGGUGUUACAGACUCUCCCACUCAAAGCCCUAGGAUGUCAGGAAGCUCAGAAUCUGUCGUGUCUGUCUUGCAGAACCCUGACUUUUCAGCUUCGCCUUCGGGUUCUGCGGUUUCUGGUGGUAGUCCUCCAAGCAGCCCACCCAAGCAAGCAGUGAAUGAAGUAAAGAGAGCUACGGUUGUCACUUUCGAGGGUGUGGAUAAAUCUUCAAGGAAAGAGGUUGAGGAUGAUACACCAAUUUUCCCUGAAUAUUGUUCGAUCCCGAAGAAGAAGAAGAUAAAGGUUUGUUUUAGGUGUAGGAAGGGUAAGUGGGAAACCAAAGAAUCCUGCCUGGUUUGUGAUGCCCGGUAUUGCAGCAAUUGUGUGCUUAGGGCUAUGGGCUCAAUGCCCGAAGGGCGCAAAUGUGUUACUUGCAUAGGUCAGCCUAUAGACGAAUCAAAACGGUUAAAAUUGGGCAAGUGUUCAAGGAUAUUAUCCCGCCUGCUUAGUCCUUUGGAAGUCAGGCAAAUCAUGAAGGCAGAGAAAGAAUGUUCUGCAAAUCAGCUUCGACCAGAGCAGUUGAUUGUAAACAAAGUACCAUUAAGACCAGAAGAAUUGGCAGAAUUGCUCAGUUGCUCACUACCUCCACGGAAAUUGAAGCCUGGGAGGUAUUGGUAUGACAAGGAAUCUGGUCUCUGGGGAAAGGAGGGAGAAAAACCAGAUAGAGUCAUCAGUUCAAACAUGAAUUUUUCUGGGAAGCUUAGAGCUGAUGCAAGCAACGGAAAUACGGAAGUUUUCAUCAAUGGCCGGGAAAUUACAAAGAUCGAACUGAGAGUGCUAAAGAUAGCAAACGUGCAAUGUCCACGGGAUACACAUUUCUGGGUCUAUGAUGAUGGAAGCUAUGAAGAAGAAGGUCAGAAUAAUAUCAAAGGAAACAUCUGGGAAAAGGCAUCAACUCGGCUAGUGUGUUCCUUGUUGUCGCUGCCUGUGCCCCAUCCGAACUCUCAUCAGACAAGGGAUGAGCCAAUCCAUCAUUCUGGCAGAACUGUCCCCGAGUAUCUAGAGCACAAAAGAGUUCAGAAGCUUCUACUACUUGGACUUCCGGGCUCUGGAACCAGCACUAUUUUCAAGCAGGCCAAGUUUCUGUAUGAGAACCCAUUCACAGAGGAAGAACUUCAGAAUAUUAAGCUAAUGAUUCAAAGCAAUAUAUACAAGUAUCUUAGCAUUUUGCUCGAGGGACGAGAGCACUUUGAGGAGGAAGCUUUGUCUUGUUUGAAAGAAAUUGGUCCACAUGAUCAAACCCCUGCAUCAGGUGAAGCAGAAGCUGAAGCUGAAGAUGACACUGAUGGAAACAGUAAAUGUAUCUACUCCAUCAACCCAAGGUUAAAGCAUUUCUCUGAUUGGCUUCUAGAUAUCAUAGCCACAGGAGACUUGGAGGCAUUCUUCCCUGCAGCAACACGUGAAUAUGCUCCAAUUGUUGAGGAGGUGUGGAGAGAUUCCGCAAUACAGGAAACAUAUAAGAGAAGAAAUGAGCUCCACUUUCUUCCAGAUGUUGCUGAUUACUUUCUGAGCCGGGCGGUUGAAGUAUCGAGCAACGAGUAUGUGCCUUCUGAUAGAGACAUAUUGCAUGCAGAAGGGGUCACCCAAGGAAAUGGACUGGCAUUCAUUGAAUUCUCCCUCGAUGAUCGCAGCCCAAUGUCAGAAGUCUACACUGACAAUCCCGAUUGUCCACCCCAGCCUCUUACGAAAUUCCAACUGAUCCGGGUGAGUGCCAAGGGGAUGAACGAGGGGUGCAAGUGGGUGGAAAUGUUUGAGGAUGUCCGUGCAGUGAUUUUCUGUGUUGCCCUCAGUGACUACGACCAGAUAUGGGCUUCUGGAAACAGCAGCUCCAGCCUCCAGAACAAGAUGAUGCAGAGCAAGGAGCUCUUCGAGACCACAGUCCGUCACCCAUGCUUCCGCGACACCCCAUUCGUGCUCGUACUCAAUAAGUAUGACCUCUUCGAGGAGAAGAUCAACCGUGUGCAAUUGAGUACAUGCGAAUGGUUCGAUGACUUCAGCCCUGUCAGGCCGCACCACAACAACCAGUCGUUGGCCCACCAGGCAUUCUACUAUGUGGCUAUGAAGUUCAAGGACCUCUACGCGUCCAUCACCGGCAGGAAGCUGUUCGUGUGGCAGGCACGGGCAAGGGAGCGCACAACGAUUGAUGAGGCUUUUAAGUACAUAAGAGAGGUGCUCAAGUGGGAUGAUCAGAAGGACGAGAAUGUCUAUGGGGCCCCUGAGGACUCAUUUUACAGUACAGAUGCGAGCUCUUCGCCUUUCAUCAGACAGGAAUGAUAUUCCAGACCAGAGCCUGGGAAUGCUCUACUCAUCUUCUUGCAUGGGCUUGUAACGAUUAAGGUAUGUUGCCUGCUCAUUACAACUGGCUGGUUUGGUUGUAUGUAUUUGUCAGAUGUAAUUGGUGGUGUUUGAUUUGGACGGGUUUGUUCAUGUUCGUGAAGAUUAUUCUGUCUGCAGUUUGCAGACACCCAAUGGUACCAAGCUUUCCAGUUAAAUGGAAAUUGAAUACACGUUGUAGAUA